UUCCUUCAAAUCCCCAAAUUUCGCUGUAGGCGACCGAUAAAAGUAAGGCGAUAGCGAGCGAAGAGCGAGCAAAAGCAUCAACGAUGAAGUUUGUGAUGGAGUUCGCAGAGAACUUGAUCCUUCGACUAAUGGAGGAUCCAAAGCAGAGGGACGAGAAGGCGAGGGAGCACAUCUACAUGAUGAAGGAUCGAUGCAAGAAGACGAAGGAGAACUGGAGCCUCCCCAUUCGCCCGUACGGAUUCUGGACCUUCGAUCGCUUCAACGCUCAGCUCUCAUGGGACGCUCAGAUCAGCCAGGUCCCCGGCCGCCGCGAUCCCUACGAUGAUCUCCUCGCCGACGAGCCGACCACCUCCACCAAACCCUAAUCCAACUGUACUUCUGUGCCUUUGUUCGUGAGAUUGUGUAGUUCGUCAACAAGGAGGAUGCAUAAACUUCAUGUUUGGGUUUUACUUGCAGUUUACUUGUGUGUUGCAUCUGCUAAAGACCUGAGUAAGAACUUAGAUUUUUCUUCAAGAAGUUAAUAAAUUUUUGUAAUGUAACUAUAGACCGGUGCUUGUGUCUUCCAUGCUGAUAAAGUACUUGGUUGAAAAAUUUGGUGCUAAUGGCAAAUGUCUGUUAUUAUUUUUCUGGAGCAAAUUCAUAAUUCUACACUCUUAUUGCCUUU